AUGUCUCAAUCCGCCGCCAUCGCCAUCCCCGCCGCCGCCGACGGAUACGAAUUCCAGAAACCGCACAAUGCCAAACCACGACGCCGCCGCGACUGCUGCAAAUCCACCUUCUUCAUCAUCUUCGCCGUCGUCCUAAUCUGCGCCGUCCCUGCCGUCACCCGCUCCCUGAUUUACCUCCAGCCCUCCCUCCCCGCCGUCGCCGUGAUCUCCUCCGACGUCACCGUCAAAAACGUCUCCGCCAACAGCCUCGCCACCGUCAAAAACGUCUCCUCCGCCAACAGCCUCGUUACCGCCAGCUGGGACGUCAGCUUCUCCAUCACCAACCCAAACGACGAUGCCUUCCUCUACCACCGCUUCGUCGCCUACGCCGCCGCCGCGGACGACGGCGUCCGCAUAGCCAACGUCACACUCCGUCCGUUUCGCCAGGCCGGGCGCGGCGCUGUCACGCUGUCCGCCUCAUUCCCGUCGCUGAACUUUGUGGUGGACGACGACUGCGCCGCGACCAACCGGACGAUCCUGAAGCCGUGUGGGCCCGUGCCGCUGAUGCUGGAGGUGGAGGCCUCGGCGGUUUACGAGCGGCGGAUGACGUGGCCGAGGAAGGGGAACGUGGUCGAGGUGGUGUGCGACCCAACGGAGGUGACGUUCCGACCGAAUGUGACGAGACUGGAGCUGGGUCCGUCGAGCUGCCGCGCCGACGGGGAGUGGCGGCGGUUGGUGGUGAAGUGCUGGGCUGUAUUCCGGACCUACAUCUUCUUCGUCGUCGUGUGUGUUGUGAUUUUGGGAUGUGUUCAUUAG